AAACAAGUUCUGACAUUUCUGACAAACAAGUUUAGAAUUUAGAGGGAAUAACACUGUCUACACCUUUCGGACGAAUUCUACUAAAAAUAUAGUGUCACAAUAAGAAUAUUUGAUUAAAGCCUAUAUUCAAGAAAAGCAAUGCUUUCUAAAAAGAUGUUUUUCAAAACCGUAUUGUGGCAUGUUCAUUUGAUGCAAAAAAUUGCAGCUUUCAAAAUAAUGGUUAUAUGUAUAGCCAAGAUAAUCCAGAGGAAAACAGUUCAAACACAUCUUUUAAUCCGAAUAAUGGUUUUGGUUAUAUGUAUGGUAAUAAAAGUCAAUUGAUUUUGAAUGUUAGCGGAAGCUUAUAUACUGAUAUAAAAAAUUUUGAUAUCUUUGUAAGUAUGGCAUAUUACUCUGAAGAUGAAAAAUUAACUGAUAUUCGUGUUACUGAUAGUCAAACUCAUAUAUAUAAAAGUUCUUAUGAAGAUGUAAAAUAUUUAUUCUUAAAUGAUUGGGCUGUACUAAAUGCAAGAUACACCCUAAACGAGUCUGAUUUCAUUCUCUAUAUUACUGGAUUUAAUAAAGUAGAUGAUGUAUGCAUUUACCAAGUCUGUAAAAAUGGCUACAUAUUCAACGAAACAUUAAGUCAAUGUGAAGUUACUGAGGCAGCACCAACAUCUGAACCUUCAAGUAACUAUUCCUCAACGAUUUCAAGUUUUGAAUUCACUUCUACAACUCCAUCUACUGUUGCAUCUGUAUCUACUAUUACAUCUGCAUCUACUAUUACAGCUGGAUUUAAUACAACUGAUUCUACAACUUUUAAAUCUGGAAAUAUAUUUACUGAACUUAUAACUGAAGAUACCAUAUCUACAGAUGCAUCUACUGAAUUUAGUUCUGCAAGUCCUGAGUCCACAAUUUCAAGUUUUGAAUUUGCUAAUACAUCUGCAUCUACUAUUACAACUGCAUCUACUGUUACAACUGCAUCUACUGUUACAACUGUAUCUGAUACAACUGAUUCUACUACUAAAAGUCCUAUAUCUUCAAAUCCAUUUACUGAACAUAUAACUAAAGAUACCAUAUCUACAGAUACAUCUACUGAAUUUAAUUCUGCAAGUCCUGAGUCCACAAUUUCAAGUUUUGAAUUUGCCAAUACAUCUGCAUCUACUAUUACAACUGCAUCUACUGUUACAAUUGUAUCUGAUACAACUGAUUCUACUACUACAAGUCCUAUAUCUUCAAAUAUAUUUACUGAACAUAUAACUGAAGAUUCCAUAUCUACAGAUACAUCUACUGAAUUUAAUUCUGCAAGUCCUGAGUCCAUAAUUUCAAGUUUUGAAUUUGCCAAUACAUCUGCAUCUACUAUUACAACUGCAUCUACUGUUACAACUGUAUCUGAUACAACUGAUUCUACUACUACAAGUCCUAUAUCUUCAAAUAUAUUUACUGAACAUAUAACUGAAGCUACCAUAUCUACAGAUACAUCUACUGAAUUUAAUUCUGCAAGUCCUGAGUUCACAAUUUCAAGUUUUGAAUUUGCCAAUACAUCUGCAUCUACUAUUACAACUGCAUCUACUGUUACAACUGUAUCUGAUACAACUGAUUCUACUACUACAAGUCCUAUAUCUUCAAAUAUAUUUACUGAACAUUUAACUGAAGCUACCAUACCUACAGAUACAUCUACUGAAUUUAAUUCUGCAAGUCCUGAGUCCAUAAUUUCAAGUUUUGAAUUUGCCAAUACAUCUGUAUAUACUAUUACUGCAUCUACAGUUGUAACAAUUGCAUUUAAUGUUACAACUGUAUCUGAUACAACUGAUUAUACUACUACUCCUUUAUAUUCAAAUAUAUUUACUGAGCAUAUAACUGAAGCUACCAAAUCUACAGGUGCAUCUACUGAGUCUAAUUCUGCAACUCCAGAUUCUGCAGUUUCAACUUAUGAAACUAUUGAAUCUAUAGUUUUUAAAUCUACAGCAACACCUACUACAUCUACAUUUGUGUCUACUGAGACUAGCUCAGAAAGUCUUGAAUCUACAAAUUCAGUUUUUAAAUUUAUCACUAUAACUGCAUCAACUAUUACAACUGAAUCUUCUACAACUGAAUCUAUUACUGUUCCUAAAUCUGCAAACAUAUUUACUGAAUAUAUGACUGGAACUACCAAUUCUGGAUACACAUCUGCUGGAUAUAUGACUGGAACUACCAAUUCUGCAUACACAUCUGCUGAAUAUAUGAUUGGAACUAUCAAUUCUGCAUACACAUCUGCUGAAUAUAUGACUGGAACUACCAAUUCUGCAUACACAUCUGCUGAAUAUAUGACUGGAACUAUCAAUUCUGCAUACACUUCUGCUCAAUAUAUGACUGGAACUACCGAUUCUGCAUACACAUCUUCUGAAUAUAUGACUGGAACUACCAGUUCUGCAUACACAUCUGCUGAAUAUAUGAUUGGAACUACUGAUUCUGCAUACACAUCUGCUGAAUAUAUGACUGGAACUACUAAUUCUGCAUACACAUCUGCUGAAUAUAUGAUUGGAACUACUGAUUCUGCAUACACAUCUGCUGAAUAUAUGACUGGAACUACCAAUUCUGCAUACACAUCUGCUGAAUAUAUGACUGGAAUUACCAACUCUGCAUACACGUUGGCUGAAUAUAUGACUGGAACUGCCAAUUCUGCAUACAUAUCUGCUGAAUAUAUGUCUGGAACUACCACUUAUGCAUACAUAUCUGCUGAAUAUAUGACUGGAACUACCAAUUCUGCAUACACGUCUGCUGAAUAUAUGUUUGGAACUAGCAAUUCUGCAUACUUAUCUGCUGAAUAUAUGACUGAAAGUACCAAUUCUGCAUACACAUCUGCUGAAUCUUUUUUUACAAUGUCUGUAUUGACAGCUGCACCUAAUGAGUCUGCAACUUUAGAUUUUGGAUCAGCACCUACUGGUUUCCCAAUUCCUUUUUCUAAUAUUUCAAUUUUAAAAUCUACUAAUAAAGCUCUUGAGUAUACAACUUCUAUAGUAACAGCUACGGAAUCUAGAAUUGUAUCUACUGAAUAUUCAGCUAUAGCUUUUCAAACAUCAGCUACUGAUUCUAUAACACCAAGUUUGCAAAUCAUUUCUACAUCUACAGGACAUUUUUCAACAACAUUUGCACCCAAAAAAACACUUGUAUCUUCUGCAACUUUGUCUGCAACUUUAUCUGCAACUUUGUCUGCAAUUGUUGAAUUUACACCAACAACUAGUAAAUUUGCAACUAUAAUUCAGGAAUCAACAACUAAACCUGCACAAACUACUGCUCAAACACCUGCUCAAACCCCACAAGCUAUUAGUUCUUUUAUUUUGAAUUCAACUUUAGAAUUUACAACUUCAUCUUUAAAAUUUUUGGAAAAUAGAACUAUUAACCAAACUUUUAUAAUGUCAUCAUCAUCACCUGCAAUCAAUCUAACUGAAGUUUCAACAACUGCAAAAAUUUCCCAGUCAAGUCAAUCAGCAACUGAAAUAAUAAAAGCUAUAACAACUGAGGCUACAACAACUAAGGCUACAAAAACUGAGAUUACAACAACUCAGGCUACAACAAUUCAGGCUACAACAACUCAGGCUACAACAACUCAGGCUACAACAACUCAGGCUACAACAACUCAGACUACAACAACUCAGGCUACAACAACUCAGGCUACAACAACUCAGGCUACAACAACUCAGGCUACAACAACUCAGGCUACAACAACUCAGGCUACAACAACUCAGGCUACAACAACUCAGGCUACAUUGACUCAAACUACAACAACUCAACCUACAUCAACGCAAACUACAACAACUCAGGCUACACCGACAGCUUACAAGGUGAACUCUACAUCUUUUGUAAUAGUUAUUCCAAACAACCUAAUAUCUAACAGUUUAAUGAAAACAUUUUAUAUCAUUUUGGUAAAGCUACUAUCUGACUCUUUACCUGCAAGAAAUCCAGAAUCAUACUCAUGGGAUGAAAUAAGUAACCACACAGAUGGCCUGUAUUUAGUAGGGAUUCUUGAUGCAAAUAGUAAGAUCAAAAACUUUACAGUGGGUGGAGGAUCUAAUCGUAAACGAAGAGACUCUAUUUUGGUUCCAUCAAAUCCUCCCCUGGAAAAGGGAGUUUCAUACUCAACUUUUAUCAAAGGUAUAACUGUUAAUAACACCACAGUAACAACAUCAUACAGCGAUAUUGUGAUAGAUCCUAUAGAUAAACCAUCACAGCCUCCAAAUAUUUGUGGAUCAUUUCAAUGCAGCCCAUAUGCAGAUUGUGUUGUUGAAAAUAAUGUGUUUGUUUGUAAAUGCCAAAAAGGUUUCAAUUGCGGAGAUAAAUGUAUUACACCAAAUUUGUGUUUAAAUAACUCUAAGUGUUCAGUUGUGGAAGGCCAUGAAACCUGUAUUUGUAACAAGGGGUUUAUUGGUGACGGCUUAUUUGGUUGUAAAGAUCCAUGUGCAGUAGCCCAAUGCAACUCAUAUGCAGAUUGUGUCGUUAAUAAUAGUUUGCCUAUUUGUAUAUGCAGAGCAGGCUUUAUUUGUGGAGAUAAAUGUAUUACAGAAGGAUUAUGUUCAAGCAAUGCUAAAUGUUCGAUUGUGGAUGGUUAUGAAAAAUGUAUUUGUGGUCCAGGGCUUGCUGGUGAUGGUCUGAGUAAACCUGGAAGUAUUGGUUGCAAAGACUCUUAUUAUCUGGAACUGAUAAAUUUGGAUAGUAUCAUUGUUACAAAAUCAAAUGUUGAAAGUGCUGCUUUUAAUUUAAGUCAGAUUGUACAAAGAGGAAACCUUACUGCAAAAAAUUUAGAAUUGAUUUCCAAUAUUAUUUCCAAAGUUGUUAAUGCAAACUCUUCUUCAGAAUCAGUCAUCAAUGAUGUUUUGACAACUGUUGAUACAUUAUUAAGCACAAGUAUUGAUUUAAUUACUGCAAAUAAGAAUUUAAAUUUGUUUUUGAAUUUUAUAACCUACUUGGAUGCUUUGGCAAAGCAGCAGACAGAAAAUAUAACAAUAUCAGGAAAAAAUUUAGCAUUGGCAUCGUAUACUAUUGAAACAAACUACAAUUCAAUAUUCAUUUAUUCAAUGCUAAAUGGAAGCAAUAUAAGUCUUAGUAUAUCAAAAAAUGAUGUAAGAAAUGUAUCACAAAAUAUCAAUGCCUACAUUAUUCUUCCCGCCCAACUAUUUCAUGGAAGAAAUGAAACACAAGUUUAUUCCUAUGUGUUUGUUGAAAAAAGUUUCUUUGAAAAUUCAACAACGAUUGACAGUGUUGUUCUUUCUGCAGCCAUUAAUGGCUUAACUGUAGAAAAUUCAAGUUACCCAAUACCAAUGAUGUUCUUACGUGGAACAAACAUUAGAGGCAAAAGAGCGUGUCAUUUUUACAAGAUACCAGAAAAUGUUUGGUCUUCUGAAGGAUGCAAUACGACCAACAAUUCUUCAAAAGAAGUUUUUUGUCAAUGUAAUCAUCUAACAAAUUUCGCACUAGUAUUAGAUGUUGAUCAAUUAGGAAACAAUCCUUUAACUCUUCGUAUUAUGACGUGGAUUGGGUGUGGAAUCUCCAUUGCUGGAUUAUUUGUUACAAUUCUGAGUUACUCUUUAUUUCGCAAAUUACGAGCGAAUGUUUCAUCUAAAAUCCUUCUCAAUCUGUGUUUCAGUUUGAUGAUAACUCUUAUUCUUUUUCUUGCCUUGGUUGAACACACCCAACCACGAAUAUUAUGUCAGACAGUUGCAUCACUUUUACAAUUUUUUGUUCUAUCCACAUUUUCCUGGAUGGUUGUCGAAGGAAUAAAUAUGUACCAAAUGUUUGUGAACGUGUUUCGUGGUGCAUACAGAUCUCGUGUAUUUAUGUUAAAGUCUUACGCUUUUGGUUGGGGUCUACCAAUGAUAUUUACAGUAGCAACAUCUACAAUUAAACCUAGCAACUUAGGCCCUGAAACUGAUCGUGAUCCAAAAAUAUGCGUUGUUCGGGGUAUUUCGUUUUAUUGUGGAGUACUUCUCCCAGUAACCAUGGUAAUGUUAUGGAAUGUUGUUAUUCUUGUUGUUGUUCUAAGAGGUGUUGAUAGUAAUUCUAAAGUAGUGAAUAAAAUAAAGACUAAAAAAAAUGUUCGUAUUGCAUUGGGGUGUUCUUUAUUACUUGGAACAACAUGGAUAUUUGCAGUUUUAGCAGUUGAUUAUCUUCGAGAUGUAUUUCAAUGGCUAUUUUGUAUUUUUAAUUCGUUGCAAGGUUUUUUUAUUUUUCUAUUUUACGUUGUUCAAAACUCAGAAGUUAAAAAGCAAUGGCGUUUGUUCCUUGGAAAAAAAGAUUUAAUGAAAAGAACGCUCCGAUUUCCAAAGCAAUAUAAAAACAGCAACACUACGAAAUUUUAGUCUGAUGGAUUUGAUUUUGACUGGAAAAGUAACUUAAGAAGAAAAGGAAGAAUAACUUAAAAACGUAAAGAAUAAAUUACGAACAAAAAUAAUAACUUAAGAAUGGAAAGAAUAACUUAAGAGCAGAAAGAAUAAUUUAAAAACAGAAAGAAUAACUUGAGAGCAGAAAAAAUAACUUAAAAACAGAAAGAAUAACUUAAGAACAGAAAGAAUAACUUAAGAACAGAAAAAAUAACUUAAGAACAGAAAUAAUAACUUAAGAACGGAAAGAAUAACUUAAGAACGGAAAGAAUAACUUAAGAACAGAAAUAAUAACUUAAGAACGGAAAGAAUAACUUGAGAGCAGAAGGAAUAACUUAAAAACAGAAAGAAUAACUUAAGAACAGAAAGAAUAACUUAAGAACAGAAAGAAUAACUUAAGAACAGAAAUAAUAACUUAAGAACGGAAAGAAUAACUUGAGAGCAGAAAGAAUAGCUUUAGAACAGGAAGAAUAACUUAAAAACAAGAAGAAUAACUUAACUAUUUGAAGCUCAAAAAUUAAUGUUAUUUAUCAUUAUUUUUAAAUAAAUAUAAAUAGUCUUAUA